GGCUGUUUUCUUUGUGCAUGCAUUUCAAUUUGUGUAAAGACAGUAGUACAGUAGUUUUGAAGGGUUGUCCAGUAGAUUAAAACCAUGUUUAUUGAACUGUUUCUUUUGUGCAUUGGAGCUUUUCUUCUGUUCUUCCAGCUCAGAAUUCGGCGACUCAAAAACUUCCCACCUGGACCUACACCUUAUCCCUUAUUUGGAAAUUUGCUCCAACUGGAUUCCAGAAACCCUUUGAAGGACCUGGAUAAGUUUGCUCAGCAGUAUGGAUCAGUCUACAGUCUGUAUAUUGGUAGGCAUCCAGCAGUAGUGUUGACAGGUCACAAAGUGAUCAAAGAGGCAUUGGUCACACAAGCGGUGGCGUUUGCUGGUAGACCGAGUACCAUGUUAAUCAGUCAUUUAACACAGAACAAAGGGGUUUUAAUGUCGGAUUUUGGAAACGGUUGGAAGGAACAUCGGCGUUUUACUCUGACAACACUGAGGAACUUCGGCCUUGGAAAGAAAAGUAUGGAGCACAGGAUUCUGGAUGAGGUCAAAUUUAUCAGCUCACUUUUGGAGGAAUCCGCUGGGAAGGUAAUUGACCCACAAUAUCUUUUCCACAACGCUGCUUCAAACAUUAUGGCCACCAUCAUCUUUGGAUCACGCUUUAGUUAUCAGGAUGAAAUUUUCCAAAAAUUGGUCACAUCCAUUGAAAAUUUAGCUAAAAUUAUCAUCGGACCAUGGGAAAUGCUUUUUGAAAUAGCUCCAGCACUAAGGAUUUUUCCACUGCCAAUCAGGAAAGGUUUUCAAUAUUUUGAGCAGAUUAAAGAACACAAUCUCAAAGUUAUUGGUGAGCACAAGAUGUCACGAGUUGCUGGGAAGCCUAGAGAUUUGAUUGAUGUUUACCUGGAGGAGAUGGAGAAGUUGUUUUGUGUUUUUUAUCUACAGAGAGAAGAUCAAUGCACAAUAUUUAAUGAUUCUCAGAUGGCCACUUUGCUCUUUGACUUGUUUUUGGGUGGGACUGACACGACCUCUAACACACUCCGCACCUUAACCCUAUAUUUGAUGACCUACACUUACAUUCAAGAGCGAUGUCAGCAAGAGAUUGAUGAAGUCCUUGGGGCUUGUGAACAUGUUACAUACGAGGACAGAAACGCCAUGCCCUACAUUCAGGCAGUGAUUCAUGAGGCUCAGCGUGUUGGUGACUUAGCUCCUCUUAGUAUGUUUCACUCUACCACAACCAACACCCAACUACAUGGCUACAGCAUCCCAAAGGGGACGAUCAUCAUUCCUAAUUUGUCAUCUGCUCUAAGAGAUAAAAGUCAGUGGAAGUUUCCCGAUGAAUUCAACCCUGAAAACUUCUUGAAUGAAAAAGGGGAAUUUGUGAAACCUGAUGCAUUCAUGCCUUUCUCUGUUGGAUCCCGUGCAUGUUUAGGAGAGAGUCUAGCUCGCAUGGAGCUCUUUCUCAUCCUGGUCACGAUAUUGCGGGAAUUUCGUCUGAUCUGGCCAGAGGAUGCAGGAGUACCAGACUUCAAUUAUAUAUAUGGUUUGACACAGUCAGUAAAACCGUAUCGUCUGCGUGUAGAACUACGUAGACCAGAGAAGACUUGCUAAUCUUAAGUAUGAUAGCACGCAGGGCAUAAUAUGCAGUCUGUUUUAAUUACACAUAAGACAAGCACAAGCUUUAUCAAAUACUAUAUAUAUGUGUGUGUAUGUAUGUAUAUAUAUAUAUAUAUGAAUGACACACGCACACAUUUCUUUUAAGCUUCUUACAUUCAAAGAGUAUAGAAGUACCUAGGGGCGAAACUCACUUACAGUUUGGACAACAAUCGCUAGAUAGCGAUGAUGUCACCAUUUUGGAUUGAACCAACGGCUUGAAUAGCAGCAUGGAUGUGGACAAGUGUGAGUGCAGGGAAGUUGUGUGUGACAUGGAAAAGUGCAAAAGAACUCUUGUGUACGUGGUGGAACUGUUCAAUAGAGUCAGAAUCCAUCAUAUAUUAAGGACCCAAAAUCUAAAAAUCACAGCCCAAACAGAUGCGCAACAGAAAAUUGUUAAAGCCAUGUCAUCUGUAAAUCAGUACAUUAACUCUCUCUUUCUGUAUCAAAUGUAUGUGUUGUACAAAGUUUUUAAUCAGUCAAGAUUAAUUAGCCUAAAGACUAAACACACAUAGAACAGCUAAUACACUUCCAUUUUCUUUUUAUUUGUAGUAAAUGUGUGCACUUUACUUGAACAAUGUUUGAUUUGUUGUGUGUAAUGCAGGCAAAAAUUAUGUGGUGAUAUAUCAUCACUAAUUUUAUUACUGUUAUUUUUGUGAUGAUCAUGUCCUGCAUAAUGAGUACGAGCUGAUGCCUCUGGGUAGAAGGUACAGGUUACCAAACUGUAAGCUUAAUCGGUAUAAAUUUUCAUUUGUGCCACUUUCAAUCAAAAUAAUAAAUAACAACAGAUAGGGGUGCGUGUGUAUUAGCUGCAUGUGAUGUAUGUAUGAUUAAUAUUAUUAAAUGAGAUUGGAUAUAAUAGUAGAAUAGGUAAUGGCUUUGUAAUUUUAGGGCAGCUGGUGCAAUAUAUUGUAAGGUUAUGUAUUUAUGAGUGUAUAUGCUGUGUUUAUAGCUGUUAUGGAAUUGUGCAAUCGGGUACUGUGCAAACCAGAUGCUAACUAUUAUAGCAAGUUUAACGGGACAUGUGGAAUUGUCAGGAUGAGGUGGGAUGGUGGGUGUGUUUUGUGUAAGUAAAGUGUGUUUUUUGUGUAUGUAUCAAUAUAUCGCUUUUUAUUCCCUUGAUUGCCCAAGACAAAUUUCUCCAAUAGGAGACAAUAAAGGCUCAUCUAAUCAUCUAAUCUACUAUUAAAUAUUCUCUCUUG